AUGAUCGACGUUGAGCUUCUCCGCCCCAAAAAACCAUCUUCACCAGAAGAAGGCGUCAAACUCACCCAAAAAGAACAACACGUCGAAAAUAUCCUCAAACAAAUGAAGAGCUACAAGAAGAAAUACUACAUCACAGACUGGGUCAUGCGAGCUAUUCGACAUGUCGUUGAACUAGCGAGACAACGAUCACCGGCACCGAUGUCAACCGAGGACGAUUCUUCACCGAGCAGUUGUCUCGAUAUGCUGAAGACCCGACCGAGUUACUAUUUGCGACUCGUCAUGACGCUUGAUAUGAGUAUCAGCAAUGGCAGACUCCCAGACGAAUGCGAUUUCCCCCCAUCGUUACGAAAAGCAGGUCGUGGGCUGAGCUCCAGAUCUCAAGUAACUUCCAUGCCAACCGUGGACGAACAAUCGAUGAAGCGUUUCUCCGCCAUGAACAAACAUCUCAUCCCUGACAACCUAACCGACUUUAUGGACCACAACAAUCUCCUCUUCAACAACACGCAAACCCAAGAUUUACGAAGUAUCGAUCAAGAAGCUUUCUUCAACAAUAAACAGCCCUUUCCUGCUGAUUUAACAGCAGCGUUGUGCGAGAUUACGAAUAUUCCACCGCUGGAUUUCAGCGAUAUGUCUUUGAUGGAUUCAACGCAUUUUAAUGACUUUGGCGGCGUUCCGUUUUGGCCUUAUGACUUAUUGGGGUCGCCGCCUGAGCAGGCUGGGGGACAGGUGGAGGAGGUUGGGAUGGGUGACAUGUUGAACGGACUGAUGGGGGACAUGAAUGAUAAGACUUAUGAAGGGAAUGGGAAGGAGAGUGCGGCGAAUGAUAUGGUUAUGGAUUCUUUUUGA